UCCUUAUCCCUUCAUCAGCCCAUCUCGAAAAAUCCUCUCUUCCUUCUCCCGUCCUCAACUCAGGUCGCAAAAUCCUUUUCUCCUUAUCCCUUCAUCAGAGCUCCUACUCCAGGUCUCCACCGUUUCCUCAGCCUAAUGUAUCACAAGUUCUGGCUUCUCAGCCUCCUCUAAGGAGCACGCUAACUAUAUCUAUCUAUAUACAUAUGCAUAUCUCCAACAAAAAUCUUAAAUCUAAACACUUCCCUCUGCAAAUUUUAUCACAAUUACACCCUUUUCUCAAUGCUUCCAUCCAAGAUUCUCUUCAAGAGUAUUGAUUUAGUUAGAGUUGUGCGCAAAUGGACGGUCCUAGCAAAAGCAAUUCAUCUGAGGUAAAGAUAAUUCUCAUGGACUAAGGAGUGAGGAGAGAUCAAGGAACAUGAAUUUCCACUAGAGCCACAUUUCCCUAUGAAUUUCUACCGUUUAAAAUUUUUUGCCUAAAUUCUUAAUAUGUCAAGAAGGACCAGAGAUCACUUAUUUGGUAAAGCAGACAAUGAGCGAUGCAAUGAAUUAUCGGGUAUUUUGUUCAAUCUAAUGUCUUUGGAUGUAUGCAUUGGGGUUUCUUUACUACAAAUAAUGCAAUUGAAGCAAUUUUUCCAAAAGAAAAGGCUGGUUUAGAAUUUCUUUUCCGGUUUAGGCAAUUUCCUCAGAGGGUUGUAGGUUUUUUAUGGAAUUCACUGUUUCACUUUGCAUUUGUUCAAAUGCUUAAUACAUAGUAAGUGG